AUGGCUCAGUCACUGAGAGCGAGUUCCCGCCUCCUAGCUCGUAUGAGCUCAAGGUCUUUCCAAGCUCCCCGUCGAAGUUUUGCAGUCUCAUCGGUAGCCCGAAUGCCCGAUCUGAUUCAAGACCUUUAUUUGAAAGAAUUAAAGGCAUACAAGCCACCGCAACAAAAAGCAUCCGAUUCCGAAGGACAUGUCCAGAAAUUCAGUCCUCCUGCAGCUCCAAAAUCCCCCGAAGAGACGAACUUGGCCAGCGAUUUGAAGGCUUACGACGACCAGGUUGUUGAGGUGGAGGGACAGAGCUCAUCAGGAGAAACACAGGACGUGGUGGACGAUCUAUUUGAGGAGCCCGAACCCGAUGAUGUUCCCCAUCAUUAG